UAGCUCUGACCACAUUUCGUUGACGACAGCCUUAGAAGGCGUGCUAGGGUGGCCGGACUGACGUGUUACUCAAACAUUUAUUUAAUACAAGUAACAUUUACAGUGACGCAGUUGUUGUAAAUUAUUUUUGGAUCACUGUUGUGCUGGAGUGAAGAAGUUUAUAGCUGGUGAACAACUGUGACGCCGCUCAAGACCUUUGUUGUUGUUGUGUUUGACGAUACACACAGACAGACAACAUGUUGGUGUUUAAAAUGGAUACAACCAACUUUUUCAAACACGGACAGAAACACGAGAUCCGCAUAACGCUUCCCAGGGAUAAACAGAAAGUUAAAACUAACAGUGGUGGUAGUGGGGUGGUGAACAGACGAGGGCCAGACAACCUGCCCACCUCACACCAGCACAGGAGUAGUCACAGCCACAGACGGGGCAGUAGUGGCACUGUGACCCGGCACCUGAUUGACUCUGACACUCGGCAUGGUGGUCGAGUCAGUGCCUUACAUAAUAGAGACUCGUCACCUGUUAAGAACGGUGGGUGUGUUAAGGAGGUGAGGUUCGCCCUGGAGGAGACGAAACAGGAGGCUAGUGGUGUGAGGUCCAGUGAAGGUGAGGGCAGUCUGAGUGAGGGAAGCAGUAGAGGCAGCGGCAGCACUAGCGAACGUAGGAGGAAACGCCAGACGAACAAGAGCUCACGCAGGCGACACAAUGAUCAGAAGCCGGGAGCCAGUGACGAGAGUGCGCAUGGCCUCGUCACCAUCAGGAUGAAGCCUGACGAAGGUGGCAAGUUUGGCUUCAACGUCAAAGGCGGCGCUGAUCAGAACCUGCCAGUCCUUGUGUCCCGGGUAGCACCUAAUACCCCGGCAGACAGGUGCUAUCCCAGGCUUAACGAAGGUGACCAGGUGCUCUUGAUCAAUGGGAGGGACGUGUCAGCAAUGACCCACGAACAGGUCGUCAACUUUAUUCGAGCCUCCAGAGAGUGUCAUUCAGGCGAGCUUGUUCUCACCGUCAAGCAGAACGUGUACCUGGCAGAAGAACUCGAAGAGCCAGAAUUCCAGUAUGUUCCUGAAGCUCUGCCCAACAGUGUCAGUGUGGGGGUGUCAGGUCAGACAGCCCCUCUCCAUGAGUCUAUGCUCUUACUCUCUGAGGGUCUAGAGGCAGGAUCCUUGGUGGCACAGUUUGAACAGUUGUAUCGCCGUAAACCUGGGCUCACUGUCACGGAAGCCCGCAGACCAGACAACGAGAAGAAAAACAGAUAUCGUGACAUUUCUCCAUAUGACACAACUCGAGUCAUUCUCACCAAUGCCGUGUCCGGCGACUAUAUCAAUGCCUCCUACGUCAACAUGGAAAUUCAAGGGUCGGGAAUCAUCAAUCGCUAUAUUGCCUCUCAGGGUCCACUAGCGGGGACUUGCACCGACUUCUGGCAGAUGGUGUGGGAACAGCAGUCAACACUUAUAGUGAUGCUGACAACAGUUGUGGAGCAGGGGAGAGUUAAAUGCCACAGAUAUUGGCCCAGACUUUACGAGACAGUAGACUUUGGUACCCUACAAGUGACCUGCCUGAAGGAGGAGGAGACACCAGGUUUUGCAUUUAGAGAAUUUACUCUCAUCAACACAGAGAACCAAGAUGAGCGUCACAUCACCCACAUGCAGUAUCUGGCGUGGCCUGACCAUGGCGUGCCAGAAGACUCCACAGAUUUUCUAAACUUUGUUGCUCAGGUUCGACAGGCAAGAACAGGCAUGGUAGAACCCACCAUAGUCCACUGCUCUGCCGGCAUCGGGAGAACAGGAGUACUAAUCCUCAUGGAAACUGCUCAGUGUCUUAUUGAGGCGAAUGAACCAGUUUAUCCCCUCGAUGUUGUGAGAUCAAUGAGGGAUCAACGAGCCAUGAUGAUCCAGACAGCUAGUCAGUUCAGAUUUGUAUGUGAAGCAAUUCAGCGAGUGUACUCUGAAGGUCUUGUCAAACCCUUGGCCGAGUACCAGCAAAGAUGAGAUGUUGGGUAAUGUGCACAAGUGGUGACAUUAAAAAGAAUAUUAUUGUUGUACAUAUCCUGUGCUGGAGGAUGAGCUGUACAUUAACCAACAAGGGAUUGUGAUGUGAAUAUAUGUGAAGCAGUGUUAUGAGAGAACUGGAAAUCCUCUGAGAAAAUAACCAGGAAAUUGCAGAAAGCACAAAAUUUGGAAACAUUGGGUUGUAUAUACAAAAAUCUGCAGUACGUAUAUGUGAAAGAAAAAUGAUCUAUAAAAAAAAUCCUAGUUGUCCCAGAGAGUAUGAAUCUGUCUGGGGUCUGAUGCAACCUUUUAUGAAGAAGAGCCAAGGCCAAGAUUUUUAUAACAGCGCAGUACAUCAAAAACAUGUGCUGUAGCAACGACUCUGGUGUAAGAUGUGUUGAUAAUGAGCCUCCUGUAAGAUUAUGUUAGGCUGUUUACAACUUGAGGCUAUUUGGUGGAUAUUUCCUCAAUAGUGUCGUUGGUGGCCCCAGUUACUGCAGAGAGAAACAUCAAAAUAAUACUUGCUCAAGACUUUGCUAUCCACCAAACAUCUCUUGCAGCAAUGAUGGAGAACAAAUGAAAGACUUUCUAGAUUUCUAAAUAUUUGUACUUUUACCGACACACCUUAGAGUGUGUGACUGAAACACUGUGAGUGUACAGUACAUGCAUAAGAUGGUUACCAAGAUGCCUGUACAUAAUGUUUCAUUGGAAUGUGAACACUGUAGAUAACAUGAGACUUUUCAAAAGACAAAUCAUAGCCCUCGUGGUGUUUCUACUCCAAGGAUAUUUUCUACUUAUUAGUGAAAAUAACGUAGUGUACACAUGAGAUAAUCUGAUCCCCACCUUACCCUCCUCACCACUCAAGCCUUGUGAACCAUGAUACAAAUUCUUAAGUCAUCAUUAUAUUACUAAUGAUACCACCAGGUGUGUCCUCGGCACUCUCUUAUACUAAAUAUUACUGUGAAAUUUUAACCUGAUAUAUUUGUUGGACUUUUCAGUGAUAACUUAAGAAUUUUUUUCAUGUCCACUGCCAGAUCUUUCUCUUGUCUGCUGGGGUCAUCACCAUCAUGUUCAGGGAAAUGAAACCCUUAACCAGUCAGGCACUAGUGUAGAUUAUUAUUAUUAUUGAAUUAACUGCCUUAUAAAUUGCUUCCAAUCAGGCAGGUCAUUCAAAAAUCUAAUUAAUUACUUGAAGUUUGAAAUUAAUUUGAAGAAUCAUGGACAGUUGUGGAAGGCAAUGUAAUACAACACCACAUUACAGGGUAUAUUCACCACAGUGCCUGUCCCCCAAGGUGUUGAACUAUCUUCAUAAGCUUUAUAUCUUGACUGGUAAUGAGUCCAUUAGUUCCCCCAAGCAGUACAAGAGUCAGCCAUUACCCUCUCACAGUCCUGGGACCCACAUGUGCCUUCCUCUUGUCAUGAGAGCCUGACUCAAGCAACCGACAAUCCCACACUGGUGAUGCACACAGUCACCUUCCCAUAAAUUGAAGCUGUUUUUUAUUUAUUUAUUUAUUUAUUUAUUUAUUUUUAUAUAGUGUUGCACAGCAAAGUGCCUCUGACUUACGACAUAGAGGAAUAAUUAUCCUAAAUCUUGUAGUGCCAGAGGUAAAACUUCAAUUAUUAGUGUGGAAGUUUUAAAAUAUCCUUACAAACUGUUUGGAUUAUUCAGGAAAUGUCCAAUUGCCUUGUAGGCUUUUUAAUACAUAAAUACAAUUCAUGGACAACUUUGGGUGCUGUGUGCCCCUCUACCACUCAGGGUGUAAUAAACACACAUAGACAACACACAAUUGCCUUUGGUACUAAUUAAAUGUGAAUUUUUUUUCAUUUAAGGUAAUUACCAUGUAAAGGUGUCAGUUGUGUAGAACAAUGCAAGAUAGUUUGUGUGUGUGGUAAUCCUGGUCAUUAUUGCUCUAUUUGUCUUCAUUUUCAUUCUGUUAAUUUAAAUUAUGAAGGAAAUAUUUCAAAAACAACUUCAUUGUUACAAUUUCUCUCCCAACUGGCUAGAGGUUACACCUUUAUAAAAUGAAAACUACAAGUUCCAAAACAAAACAAACAUUGAAUCUCACAAUUGAUGCAUUUCCUAUGAAGAUAUAACUCCUGUACAUAGAAAAGAGUUGAGUCUGGCAAGCUUUAAAGGCCCAGCAUUAUCUGCUACACAGGUUACUGAGACAAAUGUUUGCCUCAAUCUCUAACCAAAUAUUCAGAAUUGUUCAGUACUAUAAACAGAAGGAAACUUAUUAUUUGUAAACUGAAAAAUAUGGUCGUCUGUUACUUUGCCAAAGAAAUAAAGGGGUCUGACCUUUAUUCUGGGUUAAUUCUUAUUGUAGUCUUCCCCAAUAUGUGAAGACUAUGCCCCACAUACAUUUUGUUUGCCUGUAUUUGAUCCCUUUUUUACCUAUUUUUUUUCUUCAGUAUAUUGACUGGUAUGUCAGAUCCCUCUUAAGUUAUAACACUGUGAUUUUAUCCUCAUGCAUGAUAACAUGAAAAAUUUUAAUUUUCGUUAUUUGAAUUGUGGUGGAAUGAAAGACAUGCAGGUUACAAAGUGACUGCAACUGACAUUUUGUUUGUUGCUUUGUGAUCACUGAAUAAUGGGUGUAAGCUUAGAAGUACAGUAUUUUCGUUGUACCAUUUUCCUAAUACAGUGAAACCUCCAUAUAACGGACUUCUCUCUCCAUGUAAUCCGUGAGAUGAGUUUUUACAUCUAAUGUACCCUCAAUAUAACGGACUUUCUUCUCUAUAUAGUUCAUUAGAUGGAAGUUUUACAUCUAACGGUCCUAUCAUAUAACGGAUUUUGUUCACCAUAUAGUCCAUUAAAUAGAGGUUUCACUACACAUGGAAUUAAAAUGUUGCGAGUUUCUGAUGCUAAAUUUAUUAGGCAGAUAAUGUAUGUAUACUGUACAGCUGACCGACGAUCACUGCCAAAUGCGUUGGUCACUGCAAUGUAAAUGGUUUAGUUAUAUAUAUAUAUAUAUAUAUAUAUAUAUAUAUAUAUAUAUAUAUAUAUAUAUAUAUAUAUAUAUAUAUAUAUAUAUAUAUAUAUAUAUAUAUAUAUAUAUAUAUAUAUAUAUAUAUAUAUAUAUAUAUAUAUAUAUAUAUAUAUAUAUAUAUAUAUACACACACAGUAUAAGUUAUACCCUGUUUGUCUUAUUUUAAGUCUUGGUAAUGUAAAUGAGUGUGACAGGGAACGUGUGUUGUAUUGGACAUAAAUGAGCAAUAAAGUGAAGUGGUUUGUAA